AUGGGCAUCAUGACGAAAACAUUCGGUCAAGAUUCACCAAUUCAAUCAAAAAACCUAUUAUCCCAAAAAAACAGUCGUUCAUCUUACCCGACAAAUCAAUAUGAAAUCAAUGAAUUAACACAUAAAAAGCAACAUCGAUCAGCAGGAUCUAUUAAUACAACAAUCACAUCAGCACGUUCAUCGAUUGGUUUGGUUACUACAUUUCCUUUACAUCGUCCGCGUAGUGCCAAUUGGAGACAAGGUUCAAUCGUAGAUCCCAAACAAAUGGCAUUAAUUGAAUUUUCUCUUCCCAUACAUAGCAACAAUAGUUAUCGACGUCGAUCUGUUGCCAUAUGUAAUAGUAUAUCUGAACCGAAAGAGAAUCCUCUCAUUAUCCGCGAUUCAACUUUACCAUGUCUUCUUUCAUUUUCCCUGACAUAUUUGAAAAAUUGUCAAUUGAAAGUUCAACUUCAUUCCAUACAAUCCUUACCCGUGAAUCUUCAUCUCCAACAGCUAACGAUUAAAAUCAAAUUAUCACCUGAUGGAAAAGAAAAAUCCGUUCAUAUCAAAUCAUCGAUUCAACAUGACACAAUUUUCGAAGGUGAUCAUUCGGUUCUUUUCUCGAAUAUUUCCUUUGAGAAACUUUCCGAACGAAUUUUGACAAUGUCAAUCUAUGGAAAAGAUCAAGCAAAGAAAACUAUACAUCUCGGUCAUGUCGGUAAAAUUCAUUUCAAUCAGGUUAGCAAGUUACAAGUUGAUAAUCAAGUCAAUUUCAUGCAUGAAGUGGAAAAAACAAAACAUUCAUCUGUUGAAGUACUCGUUUCUCUAGCAAAAACUGAUGAUCAACUCAUGCGUGUCGAUCUUCAACGUAUUAAAGGUUUGAAAAUAGAUCAAAAGAGACUUGAUGCAAAAUUCUAUCUACAAAUUCUCCUUCUCGAUCGUCACCGACCAUUGUCUGUCAAACAAACCAAAUUUUUCGGAUUAAAUUCAUCAAAUUUAACUCUGGAUGAACAUUUCGAUUUCAAUGUUUUAAGUUACAACUCAAAUAAUUUUGAUCGUUUGAUGCUCAUGAUCAAUUUAUAUUCAAACAGCAAUUCAAUAAAUGCCUAUAAAUGUGUGGCUCGUGUAAAAUUGGCGUCAAGUUUAUUCUGUUCUGGUAAUGGCAUUGUUCAUUGGCAACAAUUUCAAGCGCGAGGAUCGUUUUCCAUGUGGCAUACAUUAAACAAAGAACAACAUUGA